AUGUCACUCUGGGUCAUAUGGUUUGAAAGAAAUAAUGUCUUGUGGAACGGGAAUUUCUUCUGUGCAUCUAAUGCUGCUCAAUGGGCUAGUAAAUUUCUUGAGGAAUAUCAGCAACUUCAUGUGCAUGGAAAUGCGAAAGGUAGAAGGGAAAAGACCAAAUGGCAGAACCCUCCUAGUGGGCGUUUGAAAGUGAAUGUGGAUGGGAGUUACCGGGCUGAUCAUGGUGAUGGUGGAGUGGGAGUUAUGAUGCGUGAUGAAAAUGGUAUGUGUUUGUCAGCUCUAGUUCGGUAUUUCCCACAUGCUUCAUCUGCUUUACAUAUGGAGGCUGAAGCAUGUAGAGCUGGGCUUUUAUUGGCAAUCCAUCAGGACAUGAACGUUAUUGAUAUUGAGAGCGAUUGUUCCCUUGUUGUCACUACUCUACAGCGUGAGGUGGAAGAUAGAUCUGACAUUGGGCGUAUUAUCGAUGAUUGUAAGUCAUAUUUAACAUAUUUUCACUCAAUUCAGGUUAGUUACAUCUUCCGUGAAGCAAAUGGUGUGGCCAACAGGUUAGCGCACGUUGCUAGUUUUAAUAUGUUUCAACAGGACAUUGCAUUGCACGAGUGA